AUGGGAAUAAAGUGUGGGCGCUGGCCACGCUCGCCUCGGCCGCGCUGCAUCACCACCAAGACCAGCCCGAGCAAGAAGAACAAAAAAAUCCAGAAUGACGAAGACGCGUGGUACACUGUUGGUAUCGUAAAAGGCACCACUUUUACGGUUCAAAAUUACAUUUCCGACACUAAUGUUGAUCUUUCUAAUCUAUCCCUUGACAAUUUACCGAAUCUUAGUGGACUUCCGGUGACACCACUGGAACAUGGCACUGCAUAUAAAUUCAGAAUUGCUGCGAUUAACUCUUGUGGGCGCGGCGAAUUCAGUGAAGAAUCUGCGUUUAAAACGUGUUUGCCAGGAUUUCCGGGCGCACCGUCAGCGAUAAAGAUAUCAAAGUCUGUUGAGGGCGCACACCUCUCGUGGGAGCCACCACAAGUUGCUGCUGAAGGGAUUUUCGAAUAUUCUGUUUACCUCGCCGUACGCUCAAAUACUCAGCCUAAGGAGGCGGCGAAAUCCCAGCUGGCGUUCGUGCGCGUGUACUGCGGCAAGGCCAACACGUGCGUGGUGCCAGCCGCGUCGCUGGGCUCGGCGCACGUAGACUCGUCCACCAAGCCCGCCAUCAUCUUCCGCAUCGCCGCGCGCAACGACAAGGGCUACGGGCCCGCCACGCAAGUCAGGACGCGCAAGCGCAAAAGUCGUCUGCUAGCUGUGCUAAUGUCUGCACGCUGUCAAUUUUUGUGCGGGAACCGCGGAAUAGUUAGGGCGUCUAGUAAAUAUCCUGUCUAG